AUGGCGGAGCUGCUGAACCACAACUCCACGUCCUCUUGGAACCGCUCCGCCGCGGGACAGGACCGCUUCAGCAGCCUGGAUGACAUCGACCUGCCGGCGGACGGGUCCCCGACCCUGCGCAUCCUCAUCUCCAUCGUGUACUCGGUGGUGUGCGCGGCCGGGCUGGUCGGGAACCUGCUGGUGCUCUUCCUGAUGAAGGUGCGCCGGGGCCGGAAGAAGCGCUCCAGCAUCAACCUGUUCAUCCUCAACCUGGCGGUGACGGACUUCCAGUUCGUGCUCACUCUGCCCUUCUGGGCUGUGGACACGGCCCUGGACUUCAGCUGGCCCUUUGGAAACGCCAUGUGCAAGAUCAUCCUGUCCGUGACCGUGAUGAACAUGUACGCCAGCGUGUUCUUCCUCACCGCCAUGAGCGUCACCCGCUACUGGUCGGUGGCCUCGGCGCUGAAGGACCGGACCCGUCGGCGGGUGUGCCCGGUGCGCUGGGUGAUCUUCGGGCUCUGGGUCUCCGCCAGCGUGGCCUCUUUGCCCACAGCGAUCUUCUCCACGGUGAAGAGCGUGGCCGGAGAGCGGCUGUGCCUCCUGGGCUUCCCGGACGGCCAGGCGUGGCUGGCGCUGUACCACCUGCAGAAGAUCCUGGUGGCCUUCGUGUUCCCCAUGCUCAUCGUCACCGUGUGCUACCUGCUGCUGCUGCGCUUCGUCCGCCUGCGCAGCAUGAACAACAACCAGGUGAAGCGCAGGUCCCGGGUCACGCGCUCCGUCACCAUCGUCGUCCUCUCCUUCUUCAUCUGCUGGAUGCCCAACCACGCCAUCACCCUGUGGGGCGUGCUGGUCAAGUUCAACCUGGUCAACUGGGACCGGACGUACUACAUGGUGCACACGUACGUGCACCCGGUGACCGUGUGCCUGGCGCACACCAACAGCUGCCUGAACCCGGUGCUGUACUGCCUGAUGCGCCGGGAGUUCAGGAAGAAGAUGAAGGAUCUGUUCUGGAGGAUUUCGUCGCCCACCGGGACCAACACGUGUCACAUGCGACCGUUCUCCGGGACCGUGAGAGCGGAGCCGGACGACACGCAGAUCGUCAUCCCGCUGAACAACGUGGAGACGGACAACUGCCGACUGUCGGUGGUAACGGACCAGUGCGACACGGACGCGCUGCAGCGGUGAACAGAGCUUCAGAGGGAACUGGUUUCACUUUCUGAGCCACUGACGACGAACAGGGACUCAAACCUUUCACUCUGCGACUGUCCUGGAUUUUAAUAUGUUUUUUAUCACAAUUUAAAGGUGUGAAACAAUAACGGGGAUUAUCCACGACUGUGCGUAAAAGGCGCAGUUGCGUAAAAUCCUCCAGCAGCUGCGUUGCGCUGCCCCCGCGUCUGACUGCGCUGUGACGUGACACCGAUGCUGGAGCAGAUUUUGGGUUAUGGGGGAAAUAAAGUAUUUUCUUGCUGCUGAUGUAUUUCCUGGUUUAAGAGCAGAGGAGCCCCAGUCCGCCCCAGGAGGAUCCGGCUGCUGCUUCAAACAUCUUUCUGUGGAGUUAUUGACGUUCGUUGUGGUUGAUGUGUAAAAUGUACAAGCUUGAGUAACUGAAUGUAAAAAAAAUACCUGCCGAUGCGACCUUAAUGUCAAUGUUUGUUGAAUAAAAUGUUUAAUUUGUGUCGA